GCGCAUUUUCUUUUAACCUAUUACUUAUUCCCGCGUUUCCUUUACUUUGCUUUACUUUGCCUCUUUUUUUUAUUACUAUUACAUAUCAUUUGAAAGCUCACUAUGGACGCAACAAAGACACUCGUCGUUGAUAACGGAACGGGUUUCGUAAAGUGUGGUUAUGCUGGUUCCAACUUUCCCGAACAUGUAUUUCCGAGUGUAGUUGGUCGACCCAUCUUGCGUGCCGAGGAGAAAGUAGGCAAUCUCGAGAUCAAGGACAUAAUGAUUGGUGAUGAGGCUGCUGCACUUCGCAACAGUCUUCAGAUGUCAUAUCCAAUGGAGAAUGGUAUCAUUAGAAACUGGGAGGACAUGCGUCACUUGUGGAACUACACUUUCGACGAGAAGCUUAAGGUUGACCCCAGAGACUGCAAGAUUCUGUUGACCGAAGCACCAAUGAACCCACGCGCCAACCGUGAACAAAUGGCUCAGAUUAUGUUUGAGGAGUAUGGUUUCCAGGGCGCCUAUGUCGCCAUCCAGGCUGUCUUGACCUUGUUCGCUCAGGGUCUCUUGUCUGGUGUUGUGGUUGACUCUGGAGAUGGUGUGACCCACAUUGUUCCUGUCUAUGAAGGUUAUGCUCCUGCAAAUUUGACACGCCGUCUCGAUGUUGCUGGACGACAUGUCACUCGAUACCUUAUCAAGCUCUUGCUUCUCCGUGGUUAUGCAUUCAACCGUACUGCUGACUUUGAGACAAUUAGACAAAUCAAGGAAAAGUUGUGCUAUGUCAGUUAUGAUCUUGAAUUGGACCAAAAGCUUGGUAAUGAGACAACAACCUUGGUAGAGAACUACGAACUUCCUGAUGGUCGUGUAAUCAAGGUUGGAUCAGAGAGAUUCGAAGCACCCGAGUGUCUUUUCCAACCUCAUCUUGUUGAUGUUGAAGCUGGUGGAAUGGCUGAGAUGCUGUUCAAUACCAUUCAAUCGGCUGAUAUUGAUAUCCGUGCUGAUCUUUACAAGCACAUUGUGCUUUCUGGAGGAUCCACCAUGUAUCCUGGACUACCAAGUCGUCUUGAAAAGGAGAUGAAGCAGUUGUAUCUUACAAAUGUCUUGGAUGGUGAUGUUAGUCGAUUGAACAAAUUCAAGAUUCGUAUUGAAGAUCCACCUAGACGCAAGCACAUGGUAUUCUUGGGUGGAGCUGUUCUUGCUGACAUUAUGAAGAACAAGGACUCUUGGUGGGUGACAAAGCAAGAAUGGGAAGAACAAGGUGUCCGUGCAUUGGACAAGAUGGGUGUAUUGGGCUCUACUGCCUAAUACUACUUUAUAUAUUUUCUUUUCUCUUUCUUCUUUUAUUUUUCUUUGUUUUUUUUUGUAAAGAAGAAGAAAAACGAUGAUAAUGAUGAUAAAUAACCAAUACAUCGAUAAAAAAAAAUCAGCAAAAGAAUAAUUAUACCUUUCUUUUAUAUAUAAAUUUAUAUCUAUAACUAC